AAAGCAACAGCAAGAGCAAGACCCGAGCGCCAACAAAAAAAGGCACUCAAAGCAAAGCAAAGCAACAAUCGGCUGGUCGCAGUUCUCAGCGAGCAUUGCAAACACGCGGUCGCCUAACGGUUUUUUUGUUGUUUCUGUUUUGUUUUGCUCUCCCAUAUACUGCCAUUGUUAAACACCCAUCCACAUGUCCAGCAAUGGCGGCCUACCAUUCCGCUUCACCGACGAGCGUCACAUGAAGUUCGUGGAGCUUUACAGCCGUGAGCCGUGCCUUUGGAACCGUCGACCCCAGCUCUGGGCUGCUCGCAAUGCCGCCUACAAGCGCAUCCAAAUGGGCAUCAAUGCCGAAGCAGAGCCCACUGAAAACCCGAUUACCAUACAGGGUGUCAAGAUGAAAAUCAAAAAUCUGCGCACGGGCUAUCACCAGGAGCUGAAGAAGAUCAGAGCAAAUCCCAAGUAUACUCCGAAAAUUCCUUGGUUUGCACCGCUGCACAAGUUUAUGGCUCAAUUUCUGGACAAGAAAUCGGACGAAGCCAUAGUGCUGGUAAAUACGCCGCCUUUAAAGCGUUUGCAGAUCAAAUUGCCGCGCUUGAAGACCAUCAAGCUGCUUCCAUUGGAGUCCGAAGAGAAGCGCGAAAUUAAAAUGGAACUCGAGCCCGAUCAACAGGUGCUUAUACCCACAACAGCUCUAUCCGUAAUGCCGACUCAAAGUCCGCCACCCCCGUUGCGGUUCAUAACGUCACCAGCCCAACCUCCCUCCCCCGUCGAAGUUAACCCUACGCCGGUUGUAAGCUCUACGUUGUUGGAUCGAACUCGGACGCUACCAUCGCUGGGCGACGAUGAAUUUAUGUUCUUCGGACUCAGCGUUGCGGCCCAACUAAGGAGCAUGCCUCUCUCGAAUGCAAUGAUUAUGCAAUCCAAAAUUCAGUAUAUGCUCUCAGUGGAGCGUCGCAAGAUCAGCGGCGAUACCACAGAGGUAAAUCUAUUUACUUAAAACGUUUACUCCCUCAAAUAUACCAGAAAUGGUCUUGACUUAAGGGGAAUCACAGGUCUAAUUAUACAUUAGUACUUCACAAAGCGCAACAAUAUUUAUAAGUAUUAAUGCAAAAAGUGAUUAAUUAGAAAAUUUUCAAAUAAUAUUAAAAAUUAAUGUUAUUUUUAUUUUCCUUAGUCAAUGCAGGUGGAAUGCUUAUACAAAAUGAGCUUAAAGAUCGAGUAGAACGACAGAUCGUAUAGCAUUACCUAUAUUAUCGCUUCUAUAAGAUCGUGAAAAUAUAUGUGAAAAAAUAUUCAUGCAUUCAUUAAUGUCGUGUCACGAUA